GGAGACAGAGAGCGUAAACCUGCACGUGCACCGAGCACCGUAUAACGUUAGUUGUUAUAACACCGUUCUCGCCCCUUGUGCACCAGCUGUGUGAACUCGUUGCCUGAGCAAGAGCAGACCACAUUAUGGGGGAGUGAUGGCGGCCACAGAGUGUUACAUCGUCCACGAGAUCUACAAUGGCGAGAAUGCUCAGGAGCAAUUCGAAUACGAGCUGGAGCAGGCUCUGGAGGCUCAGUAUCGUUACAUCGUGAUCGAGCCCACGCGCAUCGGGGAUGAGACGGCCCGCUGGGUGGCCGUCGGAAACUGCCUGCACAAAACCGCCACGCUGGCAGGGGCCGCGUGCCUCCUCACGCCGCUCGCUCUCCCUGUCGACUACUCCCGUUACGUGGCGCUGCCGGCUGGCGCUCUGAGUCUCGCCUGCGCCACUCUCUACGGCAUCUCCUGGCAGUUCGACCCCUGCUGCAAAUACCAAGUGGAGUAUGACAGUCAGAAGCUCUCGCGGCUGCCCCUGCACACGCUCACCUCCUCCACGCCAGUGGUUCUAGUUCGACGGGACGACGUGCACAGAAAGAGACUGCACAACACGAUAGCGUUGGCGGCCCUGGCGUACUGUGCCAAGAAGAUCUAUGAACUGUACGCUGUAUGAGCUCGAUGGCACAUGCACACAUACGCAGACAGAUACUGAUGUACGCGUACACACAUACACACGAGGCAAGGAGGUGAGAAGCACUACUAUACACCCAACACUGGCAGAUACACGCAUACUCAAACAUACACACGAAACAGUAUCAUGCGGAUGGACCGAUGGAGAGAGUGAUUGGAACAAACGAAAAGAACAAGCGCAAGACAAAAGGAGCACUCUCUCUGUCACAAUUUUUCAUCGUUUCGCUUUCAACCGGUUAAAGAUUGGACAGACAGAUUGGAUGGACGGAUGUUUAAGGAGAAGGGUUGGGGGGAGCUUAUAGUUACUAGAAGAAUGAAUCUUCCCUUUUUUCUGUACUUUAAGUGAUCUCACCAGUGCACUUGACUCCCCCUUCCCACUCCUUCCCUGCAGCCCCUCUCCGCACCCCAUAUCACCUGCCAUCCACACGGAGCUUCCCCACCUGGCCAGUGACCUGUCGGAAUGUGAACGUGUGGUGGACAGACAAACAUGUUUUAAGAAUGACCUCUCUUUUUUCCCUCUGUGUAGUUUUACUGUACCCUGCCUUUGGUGCGUCACCUUUUCAUUAAACAGUAGGAGAUUUAACCUCAAUGGCAUAUCUGGUGACCUUUAUUUCACCCUAAGGGGUUUUCGUACUGCUCAGGAGACUCAUGUUAGGUCUCAUGCAGACUUAACAGUCACUAUUAUAGUAUGUUAUUGGUUAAGGCUUGCUAAAAAGCAAGAUCUUUGUUUUAAAAAGGGUAUUGCACAUGAAAUAUUAAUUACUUGCCAACAAAUUAAAUGUAUUUUCUGGGAUAAUAGAUGGAUUCAAUGGCAAAUUGGUUAUUCAAUAAGACUGCAUAUUUUUUAAAUAUGUUUAUUUGCCAUGUUUUUAUGAUUGGUCUCUGGAGCACACACAUAAGAUUAAGUGUCUGAAUGAAUCAUCUGUGAUACAUUACUUAUUUAGGAGUCUUUAAGAAUAAUUAGUGCUAUAAUUAUUCAAAAUUUUAAAAUGCAACAUAAAAUAACUCCAUUAACAACAGCAUUUGGGGCAUGUUGUUGAUUACCACGGAAAAUACUUGUCUCGUAUUACAUUAAAAUGUGUUGACAAAUGCUUCUUUAUACAAACAAAGGGACAAUCAAAUCAUUGUCUAUGGUAAUUGACAUAAUUUCUACAGAUGUUGUUAAAAACCAACUGGUAUUCCUUGUUCAGGCUUAACACCUGCAUACCAUCAAAUGAUGUUUAAUACAAAGAUAAUGUUGUUAGAUUAGCGAAUCAGAAUCUACAUUUCAGUCUUGUGUUUGCAUUUUUCUUUGUAGAAGAAAUGUGGAGGUAAUGCCUCAAUACAGAAUGCAUGAUUGCACAACUUUCUGUUCCUUCCUAUCAGAUCUUCUUUGAAAUUGUGUUCCACGUAAGAAAUGAAAUGUUUAUAAGUAAAAACAGUAAAAACAUGGUUUCAAAAGAGAUCAGAAUGGAACGUACAGGAAAUGUAUCUUUAUUGAAGAGCUUUUCAUAACAAGUAUCAUUUCUUUGGGGUUGGCUUUCUACAAAUGUUGGGCAAGUAGCAAAAGGACCUAGGAAUUGAAUUUUUCUGAAAGAAAUAGGGCACUGCAAUAUACAGUACUUCAUGCACUUGGGAGGGUUUUGAAUCAGCGAGCCUUGAAUCAAGCUUAUGUUAAAUAGUGUCAGCUGAGGAGACUGUGGCACUACAUUUCCCUUUGUUUAGACAGACUGUUUACAUGCCAUUUAAAUUACACUGUUGCGACAGAAAUAUUAGCAGUUUCCUGAAUCAACCUUUUUUGGAGGCAAAUCACCUUGGUUGGCAUAGCAAAGUCAGUAUCGUUGAUAUGAAUCUGUUUAAUAGUAUUUACAAAAAAGCAGGAAUUUCAUUUGGAUCAACAGCACUGAAUACUGUUAACAGUUUCAUGAAAUGAUACAAUAAUCUUCUCCCAAACAUCAACACUGAUAGAAUUUAAUCCA